CCACGUCCAAAGACCCGCCAGGGCAGCGGAGGCCGCCUCGGAGGAUCGCGGCAGGGGCGGGGCCUCGAGAGGCCUACGGCGCACGCGCGGAGCGGGGCCUCGGGGGCGGGGCCGGCACGCGCGGGAAGCGCCAGCGGGGUGGCUGGGUGGGUCAUGGCCUUCUCGGUUCCCGGCUACUCGCCCGGUUUCAAAAAGCCGCCGGAGACUUUGCGGCUCCGACGGAAGAGGGCCCGGAGUCUUGAGGCCACCGCUGUGCCCAGGGAGCUGCCCAAGCCGGCGCCCCGCCACGCCGCCCUGGCAGCCGGGCUGCCCCUCCGCCCCUUUCCGUCGGCGGCGGACAGAGGCUGCGGCGGCGGCGGCCUGGCUGCGGCCCGGAGAAACCCCUUCGCCCGCCUGGACACCCGUCCGCGGGCCGCCGCGGAGCCCCGCGCCGAGCAGGCGGCGCCGGGCCCGUUUUUAGAUUCUAAUCAAAAGAAUGAUUUGUUAUGGGAAGAGAAGUUUCCUGAAAGAACAGACGUUACUGAAUUACUCCAGACUCCCCACAUAUCAUCCUCCGAAUCUGAUAUUCCAUCCUCAGAAAGUACUGAGUUACCUGCGGACUGGAGUAUUAAAACUCGACUCCUUUUCACCUCUCCUCAACCCUUUACCUGGGCAGAUCAUUUGAAAGCACAGGAAGAGGCUCAAGGUGUGGUGCAGCAUUGUAGGGCAACAGAAGUUACUCUGCCUCAAAGUAUCCAGGAUCCCAAACUCUCCACCAAGCUCCGUUGUGCCUUCCAGCAAAGCCUUAUCUAUUGGCUCCACCCUGCCUUUUCUUGGUUACCACUGUUUCCUCGCAUUGGAGCUGAUAGAAAAAUGACCGGAAGGAUAAGCCCUUGGUCAAAUGAUGAAACCCUGCAACACAUUUUAAUGAGUGACUGGUCUGUGAGCUUCACUUCUCUAUAUAAUCUUCUGAAGACAAAAUUUUGCCCUUAUUUCUACGUUUGUACCUAUCAGUUUACUGUCCUGUUCCGUGCAGCAGGAUUCGCAGGAAAUGAUGUAAUCACAGCUCUCAUAUCUCCUACAACUAGAGGCAUCAGAGAAGCUAUGAAAAAUGAAGGUAUUGAAUUUUCCUUGCCUUUAUUAAAAGAAAAUGGCCAUGAGAAGAAAAAAGCAUCUGGAACAAGCCUGGGACAUGAGGAGGAGCAAGUAAUCAGUGAUGAGGAUGAAGAAGAAAGUUUUUCCUGGCUGGAAGAGAUGGGUGUGCAAGAUAAAAUUAAAAAACCAGACAUGCUGUCUAUCAAGAUGCAUAGAGAGAAACAUGAAGUGCAAAUGGAUCACAGGCCCGAGUCUGUUGUGUUGGUGAAGGGAAUGAACACUUUCACAUUACUGAAUUUUUUGAUCAACUGUAGGAGCUUAACUGCUACCUCGGGUCCACAGGCAGGACUUCCACCAACCCUCUUAUCCCCUAUAGCUUUUCGGGGUGCCACAAUGCAAAUGCUGAAGGCACGGAGUGUAAAUGUGAAGACACAAACUUACUCUGGGUACAAGGAUCAAUUUAGUUUGGAGAUUACAGGUCCUAUCAUGCCUCAUUCUCUACAUUCAGUGACCAUGCUACUCAAAUCUUCACAGAGUGGGUCAUUUUCUGCAGGACUGUAUACACAUGAGCCAACUGCUGUAUUUAAUAUCUGCCCAAUAGAAAAAGUACUGGAUAAGGAGACCACUCCUGAGGAGCUUGCCAACUGUGGAUUGCACCCUAAAACUCUGGAUCAACUUAGUCAAGUACCAAUACUGGGGAAAUCAUCUUUACGGCAUGUGGAAAUGAGUGACUACAUUUAUAAUUGGAGAUCCUGAACAUCAAACUUUUAAAGUUAUAUGCUGGGAAGAAAACAUGCCAAUGAUGUGUGACUAGACAUUAAGUUCAACAAGGUGCUCUGAUGGAAGGAGGCAGCUGUGGAGAUAUGUGAAGGCUCAACCACAGAAGGAAAAAUCCAUCAAGAACCCACUCUCCAUAAACACUAUCUGCUUCUUUUUUUCGAUGUUGAGAUCCAGAUGACACAGGGAACUCUUUCGUUAAUGUUACCUGGCUUUUUGGUGGAGUUGGCUUUGCUGCAGCAAUCUAAAAAAUAAUGUUUUCAUAAUUAAAAAUAAUCUGAAAAUGA